AAUCCUAUUUACUCUAUAUAUGCUUCCUUUAGGUAACAUCAUUAGAAAUCACUCUAUAAAUUUCCAUUGUUAUGCGGAUGAUACACAGUUGUAUUUAUUGAUGAAGUCAGAAGAAACUAAUCAAUUAACUAAACUCCAUAACUGCCUUAAAGACAUAAAAACCUGGAUGAGCACCAAUUUCCUGAUGUUAAAUUCAGACAAAACUGAAGUUAUUGUUCUUGGCCCCAAACAACUCAGAGACUCUUUAUCUGAUGACAUAGUUUCUCUAGAUGGCAUUGCUCUGGCCUCUAGCACUACCGUAAGAAACCUCGGAGUAAUAUUUGAUCAAGAUUUGUCUUUUAAUUCUCAUUUAAAACAAACCUCACGGACUGCAUUUUUUCAUCUGCGUAAUAUUGCGAAAAUUAGGCCUAUCCUGACCCGAAAAGAUGCAGAAAAAUUGGUCCACGCUUUUGUUACCUCAAGGCUGGAUUACUGUAACUCUCUAUCAUCAGGUAGCUCUAGUAAGUCCUUAAAAACUCUCCAGCUAAUUCAGAAUGCAGCAGCACGUGUACUAACAGGAACUAAGAAACGAGAUCAUAUUUCUCCUGUUUUAGCUUCUCUGCACUGGCUCCCUGUAAAAUCCAGAAUUGAAUUUAAAAUCCUAUUGUUAACUUAUAAAGCUCUAAAUGGUCAAGCUCCGUCAUAUCUUAGAGAGCUCAUAGUGCCUUAUUAUCCCACCAGAACUCUGCGCUCUGAGAACGCAGGGUUACUCGUGGUCCCUAAAGUCUCCAAAAGUAGAUCAGGAGCCAGAGCCUUCAGCUCCUUCAGGCUCCUCUCCUGUGGAAUCAUCUUCCUGUUACGGUCCGGGAGGCAGACACUGUCUCCACAUUUAAGACUAGACUUAAGACUUUCCUCUUUGAUAAAGCUUAUAGUUAGGGCUGGCUCAGGCUUGCCCUGUACCAGCCCCUAGUUAGGCUGACUUAGGCCUAGUCUGCCGGAGGACCCCCCUAUAAUACACUUGGCCCCUUCUCUCUCUCUCUCUCUCUUGUGUCCUAUUACUGCAUCUUGCUAACCCGGCCAUUCUGGAUGUCACUAACUCGGCUUCUUCUCCGGAGCCUUUGUGCUCCACUGUCUCUCAGAUUAACUCAUAUCACAGCGGUGCCUGGACAGCGUGACGUGUGUGGUUGUGCUGCUGCCGUGGUCCUGCCAGAUGCCUCCUGCUGCUGCUGCCAUCAUUAGUCAUUAGUCAUACUUCUACUGUUAUUAUACACAUAUGACUAUUGUCACACAUGUAUACUGCCAGAUAUUAAUACAUACUUUCAACAUAUUGUACCGCAGUAGCCAGAACUAUAACUAUAAUAUUAUUACUUUCAAUAAUGUUGUUGUAAGCUACUGUCAUUACCUGCAUCUCUCUCUCUCUCUCUCUCUCUCUCUCUCUCAUUGUGUCAUGUGGAUUACUGUUAAUUUGUUAUACUGAUCUGUUCUGUACGACAUCUAUUGCACGUCUGUCCGUCCUGGAAGAGGGAUCCCUCCUCAGUUGCUCUUCCUGAGGUUUCUACCGUUUUUU